CGUUCUGAUGAAAUAGAAAGGAUGGAGGACAGAAAACUGCUGAUUUUAUAUGGAAGUCAGACAGGGACAUCGCAAGAUGUUGCUGAAAAAAUAUGCAGGGAGGCCAAGCGGAGACAUUUUUCAACAAGAGUGAUGUCCCUUGAUUCAUACACAGUGGCAAGCCUGCUGCAGGAGGGAUUAGUGAUAUUUGUGUGUUCCACAACAGGACAAGGGGACCCUCCAGAUAAUAUGAAGUUGUUUUGGAGAUUUAUCCUGAGAAAGAAUCUUCCUGCCAAUUCUUUAGUCCAUCUCAAGUAUGCUGUAUUAGGACUGGGGGAUUCAUCUUAUCAAAAAUUCAAUGUAAUAGGCAAGAAACUGUUCAAACGAAUCCAGCAACUUGGUGGACAGAGCCUGGUGCCUGUUGGUCUCGCCGAUGAUCAACAUGACCUUGGGCCAGAUGCAGUUAUCUACCCUUGGUUGGCAUCUCUGUGGAGUCGUAUUCUCAGUUUACAUCCUUUCCCCCCAGGACUGGAGAUAAUUCCAGCCCAUAUAAGACCACCUCCAAGGUACAAGGUGAUAUAUUCUGAUGACUCCAGCAAAGUUAAAGAUCUGUCUGGGUUUAGACUUGGUAGCCAUGGAAACAGUGACUACAGCCAAUCAAAUCCAUUUUAUGCACGUUUGAUUUCAAAUGACAGAGUUACAAGUGAGGACCAUUUCCAAGAUGUUCGCUUGGUGAGACUGGAUAUUCAGGGUUCAAAUAUCUGUUUCUCUCCCGGAUAUGUGGCCUUACUGGCACCACAGAAUUCUCAGGAAAGUGUAGAUGAGUUUAUACAACACAUGAGACUUUCACCUGAUACUUCAUUCACUAUUCAGCAAAAUGAUCCAAAUAUUGCUCUGCCCCACACCCUGCCUGAUGUGUGUACAGUGGAAUAUCUACUUCGUCAUUACUUGGAUAUCAACUCAGUACCUCGACGUUCAUUCUUUGAACUGCUGGUCUAUUUUGCUGAUAAUGAAUUAGAAAAGGAAAAACUUGAGGAAUUCUGCACAGCUGAAGGACAGGAAGAACUGUAUAGUUACUGUAACCGUGUGAGGAGGACAAUAUUGGAGGUGCUGCAGGAUUUCCCCCACACCAGUGCAAACAUUCCAUUUGAGUAUCUGUUUGAUGUGAUUCCACAGCUACAACCAAGAACAUUUUCUAUAGCAUCAUCCCUGCAGGCACAUCCUGGAGAGAUCCAGAUUUUACUGGCUGUCGUUCAGUAUCGAACCAAGCUUUUCCGUCCCCGAAAAGGUGUCUGUUCAACCUGGUUAGCCAGUUUAGACCCCACUAAGGAUGUUCAUGUACCUGUGUGGGUCAAACCAGGCACCAUCACGUUUCCUAAGGACCCUGCGACACCUGUAAUUAUGGUGGGACCAGGGACAGGAUGUGCCCCUUUCAGAAGUUUCAUCCAAGAAAGAAGUAGUAAGCAAAUUGGAGGUAAUACCUUGUACUUUGGCUGUCGUAAUAAAAAGAAGGACUUCUUCUGUGAGACUGAAUGGACAUUAUUGAUGGAAAGAGGUCUCCUUACCCUGUACACUGCCUUCUCAAGAGAUCAGGAGGACAAGGUGUAUGUCCAGCACCGUAUCCAGGAGAAUGGCGAGACCCUGUGGAACCUUCUAGACAAACACAAUGCUUACUUCUACAUAGCAGGAAAUGCAAAACGUAUGCCAGAUGACGUGAGAGAUGCCUUGAAGGAUGCUAUACAGAAAUAUGGAAACAGAACAGUGGAGGAGGCAGAUAAAUACCUUCUCCAACUCGACCAGAAGAAACGAUACCAAGCAGAAACAUGGUCUUGAUGUUACAGUAAAUUAGCAGAUUUUAAUUGUAUGAAAGCUGAAAUUUUGAAAUAAAUGCAUAUGUAACUCA